CGAACCGACACCCAGAAGACAGUCAGCCAUCACAGGAGACAGUCGAGACUAGACGAGGCAGUUCAGUUGCUUACAGGUUUAUAUUUUGAGUUAGAGGUAAAAUAAGAUGCUUAAAGGUUGACGAAGAAGUUGAGAGGGUGAGCGCGACAUCAAAGAAACUGAAAGAGUGUCCAAAACAUUCAGAGGCAGGAAGACUGACCACGACGCUGACGAAGCCUUGAAGAACCUGAAGGAAAGCAUGAGAAGAUACUGAAAAAAACAAAGGGUGAUCAGCACAUCAGAGAAGGCAAAAAAGUACGAUACUUCGAUAUUCAGAAGCAGCGAGUGAGAAAUUGUUCAGGGCGAUUGCAACAUUUGGAAAGCUAAAAGGCUCGCGCAAACACUGCGGAAGCCAAAAGGAAAAUUUAUCAAGAGACUACCAUAAAUCCGACAAGAGGUGACUGACAUGGAGGAAGAGGAGGCCCCAGCUGCUCCGGUGUUUGCUGGAGAGAUGAAAGAGGUUAUGACAGUGGAGGGAGAGAAAGAAGAGGUGGUAACAACAGUGACGACGCUGACCGCGGUUGUUGACACGACUACGGGAAGGACGGCCAUAGAGGAGAAGGAGGAGGUUGAAACUGACAAAAUAACAGAGGAAAAGGAAGCAGAGAUGGAGGGAGGAGAGGAAGAGAAUGGAGAGGAAGAGGAGGGUCAAGCAAAGAAGUUGUUGGGACCUUGGGAAUCAGAGGCCUCCACUGAUGUAAAGCCUCCACUGCCAGACCCAGCAUUUAACAGGAGAUGCAGCUUGCUCGCCAGUGAUGUGAAGUAUAAGGAGGACUUUGAGAAGAUGAGGGGUCAGAGUCUGUUUGUUCCUGGAGCUGAACUCAUCCACUCCAAGAACAUCAGCGCUGUGAUAUCUGAGUCAAAGUACAAAGAGGAGGGAAAGAAGGAGGCGUCGAUGUCUCUGUACUCCAUCCUGCCAGAGACGCCUGAGACUCAACACGCCAGAGAGGCUUCAGAGCUGCAGAGUGAGAUUAAAUACAAAGGAAAUGUGAAGAUUUCCUCGUCUCUUUAUUCUCUGCUGCCAGAAACCACAGAGACCCAGUUUGUCAAAGAGCUGACUGAGAUACUGAGCGAGAACAAGUACAAGGAGGAAGGAAAGAAGGAGAUGAGCAGCAGUUUGUACUCUCAGCUUCCUGAAACCACGGAGAUGCAGCUGGCCAAGGCCGUCCACGAGUUUCAGAGCGAGAAAAAGUACAAAGAAGACGGGAAGAGAAAGGCCUCCGUCUCCCUCUAUUCCCAACUCCCCGACACUCCAGAGAUACAACACGCUCUGGAGGUGUCGCAGCUGCAGAGCGAGGUGAACUAUCGCCCCAAGGUGCUGGUUAAAGGAGCUCCCUCCUCUCUUUACUCGCAGCUCCCCGACACCACAGAGAUCCAGUUUGCCAGAGAGAUGACUGAGAUGCAGAGCGAGAGUAAGUACAAGGAGGGCGGCAGGAAGAGCCUCUCCCAGAGUUUCUACUCUCAGCUCCCGGAGACCGCCGAGACUCAGUUUGCCAAAACUGUUGCUGAGCUGCAGAGCGAGAUGCGGUACAAGGAAGCGGGUAAGAAGGGCGGGAACUCGUGUUUGUACUCUCUUCUCCCGGAGACUUUAGAGACAGCUCAUGCCAAGGAAGUGUCUGAGCUAUUCAGUGAGGUGAAGUAUAAAGAGGACGGUAAGAAGGAGAUGAGCAUCAGCCUGUACUCUCUGCUGCCUGAGACCAUCGACACCCAGCAUGCUAAAGAGGUGUCAAACCUGCAGAGUGAGGUGAAGUAUAAAGAAGGUCUGAAGCAGAAGGUUCAGGGCAGUUUGUACCAUCAGCUCCCAGAGACCACAGAGACACAGCUGGCCAAACAGCUGUCUGAACUGCAGAGCGAGGCAAAGUAUAAAGAAGCGGCAAAGAAGGAAGUGAAUACCUGCCUGUACUCUCUUCUGCCUGAAACCCUGGAGACGCAGCACGCUAAAGAGUCCACAGAGCUGCUCAGUCAGAUUAAGUACAAGGGGAGCGGGAAGAAGGAGAGGUCCAGCUCCCUCUACUCCACUCUGCCUGAUACUUCAGAAACCAGCUUCGCCCGAGAGAUGACUGACAUGCUGAGCGAGACUAAGUACAAGGAGAAUGGGAUAAAGGGCCUUUCACAGAGUGUCUACAGUCUGCUGCCAGAGACCAAUGAGACUCAGUUUGCUAAAACUGUUUCUGAGCUGCAGAGCGAGAUGAAGUACAAAAAGGGAAAGAAAGAAGCGUCCAGCUCUUUGUACUCCACUCUGCCUGAGACUCUGGAGACGCUGCAUGCCAAAGAGGCUUCUGAACUGCAGAGUGAGCUGAAGUACAAGGCGGCGCUGAAGAAAGGGCGUUCCUCCGGUCUGUUCCACCUGCUGCCUGAGACCUUAGAGACGGCCCACGCUAAGGAAGUCUCCGAGCUUCUCAGCGAGGUGAAGUAUAAAGAGGACGGUAAGAAGGAGAUGAGCAUCAGCCUGUACUCUCUGCUGCCUGAGACCAUCGACACCCAACAUGCUAAAGAGGUGUCAAACCUGCAGAGUGAGGUGAAGUAUAAAGAAGGUCUGAAGCAGAAGGUUCAGGGCAGUUUGUACCAUCAGCUCCCAGAGACCACAGAGACACAGCUGGCCAAACAGCUGUCUGAACUGCAGAGCGAGACCAAGUACAAGGAGGCGGGUAAGAAAGAGGUGAAUACAUGUCUGUACUCCCUCCUGCCUCACACCAUGGAGACGCAACACGCUAAAGAAGCUGCAGAGCUGCUCAGUGAGGUUAAAUACAAGGAGAGCGGGAAGAAGGAGAUGUCCAGCUCCCUCUACUCGACUCUGUCCGACACGUCAGAGACCAGCUUCGCCAGAGAGAUGACUGACAUGCAGAGCGAGAACAAGUACAAAGAGGGCGGAAGGAGAGGCCUCUCUCAGAGUUUCUACUCUCAGCUACCAGAAACAACUGAGACUCAGUUCGCUAAAACUGUCUCUGAGCUGCAGAGUGAGAUGAAGUACAAAGAAGCAGGAAAGAAGGGAGUGACGAGCUCUCUGUACUCGACUCUACCCGAGACUCUGGAAACACAGCACGCUAAAGAGGCUUCACAGCUGCAGAGUCAGCUGAAAUACAAGCAGAGUUUAAAGAAAGACGCCUCCAGUCUGUACCACCUGAUGCCAGAAACCAUCGACACUCAGUUCGUCAGACAGCAGACGGAGAUGCUCAGUGAGGUCAAGUACAAAGAAGAUGGUAAGAAAGAGAUGAGCGUCAACCUGUACUCUCUGCUCCCCGACACCAUCGACACCCAGCAUGCUAAAGAGCUGACAGACAUGCAAAGUGAGGCUAAAUACAAAGAGGCCAGUAAGAAGCAGACGUCAACGUCUCUGUAUCAGCGACUACCUGAAACUCUGGAGACACAACACGCCAAAGAGGCUUCACAGCUCCAGAGUCAGAUCUUGUAUAAAGAGGCUGUUAAGAAGGAGUUAUCGUGUCCAGUUUACCACCAGCUGCCUGACACUCUGGAGAACCAGUUUGCCCGAGAGCUCACCGACAUGCAGAGCCAAAACAAGUACAAGGAGGACGGGAUGAAGAGCCUUUCUCAGAGCUUUUACUCUCAGCUGCCAGAAACCGCUGAGACUCAGUUUGCUAAAACUGUUUCUGAGCUGCAGAGCGAGACAAAGUAUAAGAAGUCAAGGAGGCAGGAGGCCGGCAGCUGUCUGUACUCUGUGAUGGCAGAAACUCUGGACACUCAACAUGCCAAGCAGGCCUCACAGAUACAGAGCCAGGUGAAGUACAAACAGGACAUGCAGAAGGAGUUGGCGUCCAGUCUGUUCUCCAGCCUUCCUCAAACCCUGCAGACUGAGUUGGCCAAGGAGGUGACGGAGCUCCAGAGCCAGGUGAAAUAUAAGGAGGGAUGUAAGAAGGAAGCGUCCUCGUCACUCUACCACCUCCUCCCGGAGACAGCAGAGACGCAUUUCGCCAAACAGAUGUCAGAGAUCCAGAGCGAGACAAAGUACAAGAAGGACAAAGAGGAUCUGCCCAACACUUUAUACUCCCUGCUGCCUGAAACUCUGGAGACUCAGUUUGUUAAAGAGAUGGCUGAGACACACAGCGAGGUGAAGUACAAGCAGGCUGGGAAGCAGCAGACGGCGUCGUCUCUGUACUCCAAACUGCCCGAAACUCUGGAGACCAAACACGCCAAAGAAGCGACUGAACUACGGAGUGAAAAAAAGUACAAAGCUGAAGGGAGGAAGGAGAUGGCGUCGUCUCUGUACUCUCAGCUCCCUGAAACCUCAGAGACCCAGUUCGCUCGAGAGAUGACUGAGAUACAGAGUGAGAACAAGUAUAAGGAGAGCGGGAAGAAGAGCCAGACCAUCAGUGUUUACUCCCAGCUCCCAGAGACCAACGAAAUCCAGUUUGCCAAAGCUGCUUCUGAAAUACAGAGUGAGACCAAAUAUAAAGAAGCAGGGAAGAAAGACGCGUCCAGCUCUCUGUACUCGAAGCUGCCUGAGACUCUGGACACUCUGCACGCUAAAGAGGUUUCACAGCUGCAGAGUCAGGUGAGGUAUAAGCAGGACAGUAGGAAGGAGGUGAGCGGUUCUCUGUAUCACCAGCUGCCUGAAACCACAGAGACACAGCUGGCUAAAGAGCUGAGAGACAUUUACAGCGAGGUGAAGUAUAAAGAAGAGGGGAAGAAGGACAUCGCUAAGAACUUGUACUCACUCCUCCCUGAGACGGCAGAGACCCAGUUUGCCAGGCAUAUGUCGGAGAUACAGAGUGAGACAAAGUACAAGAAGGACAAAGAGGAUCUGCCCAACACUUUAUACUCCCUGCUGCCUGAAACUCUGGAGACUCAGUUUGUUAAAGAGAUGGCUGAGACACACAGCGAGGUCAAGUACAAGGAAGCAGGAAGGAAAGAAGCCAGCAGUUCUCUGUACCACCAGCUGCCAGAGACUCUGGAGACGCAGCAUGCUAAGGACGUUACUGAGCUGCAGAGCAAGAACAAGUACAAGGCGAGCGUGAAGAAGUCGAUGUCGUCCAGUUUGUACGCUCAGCUGCCGCAGACGGCUGAGACGCAGCUCGCCGCCAAGAUGUCCGACCUGCAGAGCGAAAGUAAAUACAAGGAGGACGGGAUCAAGAGCCUCUCGCAGAGCUUCUACUCUCAGCUGCCAGAAACGGCUGAGACUCAGUUAGCUAAAACCGUCUCUGAGCUGCAGAGUGAGGUGAGGAUAACAGCCAAGUACAAGGAGGCGAGCAGGAAGGAGGCGAGCAGCUGUCUGUACCACCAGUUACCUGAAACUCUGGAGACGCUACAUGCUAAAGAGGCUACUGAGCUGCAGAGUCAGGUGAAGUACAAGGAAGGAGGUAAGAGAGAGCGGAGCACCAACCUGUACUCUCUGCUGCCUGAGACCGAGCAGAUGAGGUUUGCUAAAGCCGCCAUGGAGCUUCAGAGUGAGAAUAAAUACAAGCAGAAAGGCAGACAGGAGAUCAGCAGCAGUGUUUUCCACCAAAUGCCGGAGACCACAGAGACUGCGUUCGCUAAGCAGAUCUCUGAACUUCAGAGCGAGACAAAGUACAAGAAGGACAAAGAGGAUCUGCCCAACACUUUAUACUCCCUGCUGCCUGAAACUCUGGAGACUCAGUUUGUUAAAGAGAUGGCUGAGACACACAGCGAGAGCAAAUACAAGGAGGCGGGUAAGAAGGAGCUGGUUAACAGUCUGUAUUCUCUGCUGCCUGAGACCAAAGACACUCAGCAUGCCAAGGAGCAAACUCAGCUGCACAGUGAGAAAGCAUACAGGGAGGAGGGGAAGAAGGAGGCCAGCUGCAGUCUGUACGCCCAGAUGCCCCAAACCAUUGAGACCGUCUUCGCUAAGGAGCUGACCAAGACGCAGAGCGACAAGUUCUAUAAGGACAAGUAUAAUCGUGAGAAGGGGAAGUCCAGCUACACCAACAUGAAAACACUGCCGGAGGUGGAGCACGCCAUGGAGGUCAACAAGAACCAGAGCGACGUCAGCUACAGAAAAGGCAGAGAGGAGCUUCAUCACUGCAACACGUUGGCAGACAGACCUGACAUCGUCAACGCCACCAACGCUGCUAAACUGGCCAGCGAUCCUAUAAGAGUAACAACAAGCUGCCAGUUUACAGUGACUGCGCUCUUUUGGCCAGAACCGACAUCCAGCACGCCAAGGAGGUUUCAAAACUGGCCAGCCAGGUGAAGUAUAAGGAGAGUUUCGACAGACAUUUAAAGGGCCAGAGGCCUUGUUACAACCCACUGGACUGUCUCUCCUUCAAACACACACAAGCUGCUGCCGCUCUGGCCAGCCAGGUGAAGUAUAAGACCAACCAGAACCAGA